AUGUACAACGUCAACCACUCCAGCUACGACAGCCAGCAUCACCCCACCGACGUUCCGGGCACGCAUCUUCCCAAACCGCUCUCAUCCUACUACCCGCCUCGCUCAAGGUCAAUCACUCCCUCGUACUCCCCGUCUCCGGAUGGCGAGCAAUGGCCUAUGCCUUACGUGAACUCUGGCUCUGACGCACAGUUAGCCGAUUUGCGAUACUCUGUGCCUAUGCCCGAACCCAGGUUCUCUCACACGUCAAACUCGGGCUCGUCUAACGCAGAAUCAACGUCGAACGACUAUGAUUCGCACGCAAGAAAUCCUCUAGUGGAUCUCAUGGAGAGUGAGAAAGUCUACGUGGACCGCCUCGGUUUGACCAUACGCCGUGCGGCUGGAGCAUGGUCAAAGAAGAAUUUCCCGCCCCCUAAGCUUGACGCCAUGUUCAGGUGUAUUGAGGCUUGUUAUAGAGCAAACAAAGGUUUUGGACAGAAGCUGAAAGACAUCGGACACAAUCCUUCGAACCCCAAGGCUCUUGGCGAUGUUCUUAUGCGUUGGAUUGACGACCUGGAACCUGCCUAUCUCAUGUACACUUCCAAUUUUCUUACUGGAUUCGACACCUACCCACCCGUUAGCGCGAACGCCGCUCUGCCUGGCAUCCUGGAGGAAAUGUCUGCUUCAUCUAAACCCGUUCCACCUCUUGAUAGGUGGACUUUAGACGCGCUGUUCGUUCUUCCUUAUACCCGGUUACGCUACUAUCGCAAGCUCUACACUCGUCUCUUGCGGAGUACCAAAGAAGGCCGAAAGGAUCAUGGGUUGUUGAUGGCCGCGAACGACAGGCUGGACAAGCUGGCUGAGACUGUGGAGCUGCGACUCGAGAUGGACGUAAGCGACAAAGACGGGGAUGCCAUGUCCCCACAGGACCAGCAACAGAGGGAACUGGGCAGCGUUAUCAGCUCUGCCCGGAACGACGUCUUCGAUGCGUUAUCUCUCAAUGAAGAGAUGAAGGACGACCAAGUCCGAAAAUCUGAUGAACAGGUUGCCGUCCAGUCUCUUCAUCGGCCCGCAGCUGUCCGAACCACCAGUGUCGAGUAUACAGCCGAGAUGCUUGCAACAGCUUUGUCGGAUCUGGAGCUGAGGAUUGAUACUGAAAGAACUAUUGAUCUGUUCUCGAUGCAGAUAAAGCGUUGCCGUUUACAAAUGCAACCCCCGACCUUGCCUUUUGAGCGCAGCCUUCGCUCUUCACACGACGUUUCGAUACAUUUCACUCCCACGGCAACAGGCCGGCAGAUUGAACAUAAACGGGCACAUAUAUUCAUCCUCAGCGACUUGCUUCUCGUGGCGGAAUGGAUGGAUGCGACCGUCAAGGCUGCCAAGAUGCAGCAAAUUGCGAAGGAGCAGCCCGAAAGAGUGGGCAAAGGGGGACCCAUGCCGGAGAUGUGGCUGAAUUACCCCCCAUUGGCUGGGAAGCACUUGAUGGUGGCCGAAGGCAAUCAAGCCAAUGUGUUGACUGUAAUGGUUAUGCGCAAAGAGACUUUUGUCAUACACACGGAGUCGGAAAUUGCCAAGGAUAGAAUCAUGAAGGAUCUGAUUGAUUGUACAGAUUAUGCUUUGAUUCAUUCUACGCCAGGCAUCAGUCGCGAGCGAGCGAUGGCCAGCGCUGCAUUAACGUCCAUCCCAAACGCUGUCGGCCAUACUUCAUUUCCCUCCCCUUUUCAGAGCGUUGCGUCUUCGUCGACCAGUCCCUGUCCCGAUAGGGUACCCCUGGAUGUGUCUAUCUUUGCAAACCAACUGCCCAGUGUUAGCCUUCGCUCCGAAAAGGAAGUUGAAUGGCCCAGAGAACACCUAUACCAUCCCCAUUCCCAUUCAACAGGGCAGGGCCUCACUACAAUGGUGGCUCUACCUCCGCGUGGCACCAGCCUGCCUGUCCCAGAUCAAGGGCUCCCAGAACCACUUCGACAGAAUUAUGAUCAGGUCAGAAGACCUUUGGUGCCAUCGAGACCCCAUAUACAAACGACCGCAUCGCCACAACAGCCUGGCCCCAUACCUCUAUCGGGCAACCGCGAUUCUGUCCGCUCUCCUUCGAGCCGUGCGGCUACUCCUCAACUUUCAGAUCAAAGGGCACCUGCAUCCCAUUCAGUCAUUUCAGGUCUAGUCGCUACGGGCGCUCAUCUCGAUCAGAGUAACGCGCUAUUGCCCCAACAGCAUGCUGUACGGCACCCUUCUGGGCCGAAGCGCCUUGUGGAACCCCCAUCUGCAGUGUUCCAAAACAACUUUCCUGGCCGCGAUUCCUCUACCUGGGUUGAGUCUUCCGCAGAUGAUGAUACCCCACCCCCUUCGCCGGAGGAAGAAGAACCAAGCACGUUGGCGGGACCUGCUACCGUGUCAGCUCAGAUGAAGUGCAAGGUGUUCAUCAAGCAGUCGCACCAGCAAUGGAAGUCUCUUGGCCCGGGUAAACUCAGGCUGUAUUCCCAGGCGAAAGGCAAUGUCAAGCAGCUGGUUGUGGAAUCUGAUUCCGCAUCGAAGCAGAUGCUCGUCUCCACCAUAGUAUUGACAGACGGGGUAGAAAGGGUGGCCAAGACAGGUGUGGCAGUGGAAAUCUCAAACAGAGGGAAAAGGACUGGGGUGGUCUACAUGAUACAGCUUAGGAACGAGGCUUCUGCGGUUGGUUUGUUUGAGAGUCUACUGGUAGGCAGUGAUCGUGCGGUCGUACGUUGA